CUUGUCUCCAGUGACACGAGACAUUAACACUGCACAAGAUAAAACUGCCACUUAGAGCCCAGGAGAGCUAAACCUUCCUGGGUUGGCCUGGGGGCUUGAGCAGAGUCAUGGGUUCUCUGCAGUUGCAGCUGUGCGCUCUCCUCUGCCUGGUGGCUCACUCGGUUUCUGGCAGUCCCAUCAUGAGCCUGGAGCAGUCACCUCUGGAAGAAGAUAUGCCCCUCUUCGAUGAUGUCUUCUCAGAGCAAGAUGGUAUCGACUUCAACACAUUGCUGCAGAGCAUGAAAAAUGAAUUUCUCAAGACACUGAACCUAUCUGACAUCCCUUUGCAGGAUUCAGCCAAGGUGGACCCACCCGAGUAUAUGUUGGAACUCUACAACAAAUUUGCAACAGAUCGGACCUCCAUGCCAUCGGCCAACAUCAUUAGGAGUUUCAAGAAUGAAGAUCUGUUUUCCCAGCCAGCCAGUUUUAACGGACUCCGAAAAUACCCUCUCCUCUUCAAUGUGUCCAUUCCUCACCACGAAGAGGUCAUCAUGGCCGAACUCAGGUUGUACACACUGGUGCAGAGAGAUCGCAUGAUAUAUGAUGGAGUAGACCGGAAAAUUACCAUUUUCGAGGUACUUGAGAGCAGAGGGGACACUGAGGGUGAAAGAAGCAUGCUGGUUUUGGUGUCGGGGGAGAUCUAUGGCACCAACAGCGAGUGGGAGACUUUCGAUGUCACCGAUGCCAUUAGACGUUGGCAAAAGUCAGGCUCAUCCACCCACCAGCUGGAGGUCCACAUUGAGAGCAGACAGGAUGGAAGUGAGGAUGCUGGCAGAGGACAACUGGAAAUAGACACCAGUGCCCAGAAUAAGCAUGUCCCCUUGCUUGUCGUGUUUUCCGAUGACCAAAGCAGCGAGAAGGAACGGAAGGAGGAACUGAAUGAAAUGAUCGCCCAUGAGCAGCUACUGGAGCUUGACAACUUGGGCCUGGACGGUUAUUCCAGUGGGCCAGGAGAAGAAGCUUUGCUGCAGAUGAGGUCAAACAUCAUCUAUGACUCCACAGCCCGCAUCAGAAGGAAUGCUAAAGGAAACUACUGCAAGAGGACCCCGCUCUACAUUGACUUCAAGGAGAUUGGCUGGGACUCUUGGAUCAUCGCCCCACCUGGAUACGAAGCCUACGAAUGCCGCGGGGUUUGCAACUACCCCCUGGCAGAGCAUCUCACACCCACAAAGCAUGCAAUUAUCCAGGCCUUGGUACACCUCAAGAAUUCCCAGAAGGCUUCCAAAGCCUGCUGUGUGCCCACUAAGCUAGAGCCCAUCUCUAUCCUCUAUUUAGACAAGGGCGUCGUCACCUACAAGUUCAAAUACGAAGGCAUGGCAGUGUCUGAAUGCGGCUGCAGAUAGAAGAGUCCUGGCUUAUUUAAUAACUGUAAAUGUGUACAUUUUGUGUUCCUAUUUAAUGAGAUUAUUUAAUAAGAGUGUACAGAUCAUAAAGGCUCGCUGCCUUAGGGAAAUGGGCAGGUCAGUUUGUUGUAUCAAAUGCAUAUUUUGCUAAUACAGUCUCAUGCCUUCCAAUCAGUUUUUUUCUUUGGACUCACCAUUUUCUGGCAAUGCCACGUCCAAUAGCAAGUGGCAACCCUCCCCCCAAAUUGUCCUCUAUUUUUAUUUAAAAACAACAAGCCCCAAGCAGAAACAGCGUGUUGGAUGAUAGAUAUUUGUGUCUGUAUAUGUGUACAUAGGAAAACUUAUAAAACUCUUUUGGUCCCAUAGAGGUAGAUCACACUCACACGUGUGCAUGACUCAAUCAAAUAUGUAUAUAUUAAAAACCAGUGGUACAUUCUCAGUCAACUCUUCUCUGAGUAGGAUUUAUGUGAAGAUAAUUAGCACCAAGAAUUUCACCCUCCUAGGAAGGAUUGCAUUUCCUACAUACUAUUGGAUAGGUAGGUGUAGCAUUUAUCAGUUGAGUUUGUGCCAUACCUCAGAGCUGCAGGACCAGGUAAGGGACAGUGCAUGUUUGAGGGAAGGGGUUAUUUGAUACAGAAACCAGGCAGUGGCCUGAAUCCACCAUAGCAAGGGAUGAGCCCCAUCGACCACCACUGCGCUCUAGAGGGCAGCACCUGGUCAAGAAAAGAAAAUAGGAGAUUUCAUGAUGUUCCUGAGGUAAUAGGACUGCAAGGUCAAGUGUGUUGGCCUUUACUGCUGUGGAGGGUAGAGGAGGCGGG